AUGAAGCUCCUUUUUCCUAUCUUUGCCAGCCUCAUGCUACAGUACCAGGUGAACACAGAAUUUAUUGGCUUGAGACGCUGUUUAAUGGGUUUGGGGAGAUGCAGGGAUCACUGCAAUGUGGAUGAAAAAGAGAUACAGAAAUGCAAGAUGAAAAAAUGUUGUGUUGGACCAAAAGUGGUUAAAUUGAUUAAAAACUACCUGCAAUAUGGAACACCAAAUGUACUUAAUGAAGACGUCCAAGAAAUGCUAAAACCUGCCAAGAAUUCUAGUGCUGUGAUACAAAGAAAACAUAUUUUAUCUGUUCUCCCCCAAAUCAAAAGCACUAGCUUUUUUGCUAAUACCAACUUUGUCAUCAUUCCAAAUGCCACCCCUAUGAACUCUGCCACCAUCAGCACUAUGACCCCAGGACAGAUCACAUACACUGCUACUUCUACCAAGAGUAACACCAAAGAAAGCAGAGAUUCUGCCACUGCCUCGCCACCACCAGCACCACCUCCACCAAACAUACUGCCAACACCAUCACUGGAGCUAGAGGAAGCAGAAGAGCAGUAA